GAGGAGCGCGUAUUUUCCCACAAAUAUAUAAGGUAAUCCACCCAAUUUUCUCCAACUGGGUCCUCUUGGCACAGAAGCGAGUCAGCCAAGGACUAGCCAUUUAUCCGCAGAGGCUCCCUUUGAAGACAACCAUCGCCAAUUUAUGCACAGAACGAGAACAGAUGCCAAAGCUUCGCCAUUAGAUCCUUCAAGCUAAAUUGGACCAUUCCCAGAACCAGCAGUAGCCAGCGAAAAAUGCCCACUUUGAAUUUGUUCACGAAUGUCCCAGUCGAUGCCGUCGUGGCCGCUGACAUCCUCAAGGACGCAACCAAAGCCGUUUCUAAAAUCAUUGGGAAACCUGAAGCUUAUGUGAUGAUCUUGCUGAAUGGUGGCACGCCAAUCGCUUUCGCUGGCACGGAAGAGCCAGCUGCGUAUGGAGAAUUGAUCUCUAUUGGGGGCCUUGGACCAAGUGUGAAUGGAAAGCUUAGCUCAACAAUUGCGGAGAUUCUUCAGACUAAGCUCCAUAUUGAUGGCUCCCGUUUCUAUAUCAAAUUUUAUGACGCUGAGCGUUCAUACUUCGGGUACAACGGCUCGACAUUUUGAUCAGUAUUUUGUAGCAAAAACAGAAGAAUGUCGUAGAAAAUAAAUAUGGUGGAGUAUUGAUAUUAUUUGAAGAAUUGGCUGGAACAACAUUCUUUGCCCUUUAUAAACUAUUUGAUGCGAGUGUAUCAUACAUAACAAACUAUGUUGCAUCUUAAUCAGUAUUGAGUGUUUCUGAUCUAUUAAGCAUAAGUAGCCAAGCUUCUUUGUUGAGAUA